AUGCACAAAGCGGCACAUCUGAUGAUCAUAGAAGGGAGGAAGACAAUCCCGGGACAACGACGACUAGAGGACGAGGAUGGCGAUUACGUUUGUGCUUCUGUAUCGAUCAGAGGAGCUUCUGUAACCGCGUGUUCGGUGCUAAUAGAGAAGGAACAGGCGCUGUCCAUUCAUCAUAAGUUUAUUGACGAACAACAGGCGCUGUUGUUCGCCGUCCCCGUCGCCGGCGUGUACCGCUUUGGAGAUUGA